AUGCAGCGCAUCCUGAUGCUGCGUGGGCUGGUGUUGACGCCAGAGGAGGACAUAGAGGCGUGGUUGCAGUUCGCCAGCCUCUGCAGGGUCAAGAAGAACUACCGCAUCGCCAAAAAGGUGCUGGACGCUCCGGUGGGCCUGGCUUCGGGCAACGAGUGUUACGACAACGAUGACGGACUAGGAGUAGGUGGAGACCUCACCGGAGAGCUGAGGCAGCAGCUCUAUCAGCCGACGAAGCGCAGCCUCCCCAUCAAGCACAAGCUCAUGUUCGCAUGGGUCAAGCAGCGAAAGGCUCAGAACAAGAUGGGCGAAGCCCUGAAAGACCUCUCGCGGCUGGCGGCAGAGCUCUCCGAAGAGGAGAACUCCCUCAAGGUCAAGUGCCUCCUAAAGAUGGGCAACUGGGAGCUGAGCCUGGUGGCCCCCUCGAAGCCAUUGCCGGUACCCGUGCGCGACCGCGUCUUCACGGCUUUCAAGAAGGCCACGGAGCUAGAGGAGGACAACUACAAGGCUUGGCACCACUGGGCGAUGGUAAACUUCCGUGUGGUGGAGCUAGCCAUGCAGGAGGCUAGCAUGAGCAGGGGAGGGCAGAGGUUCAGACCAGGGCCUGGCAGGAGUUCGGGACGGCAGUACGGCAGGCAGACCGAGCAGGAGCGGAAGGUGUUCACGGAGAGGCUCGUUAGCGCGGCGAGAGGGUUCAUGAGGGCCAUCAUGCUCGGCAAGAAGAAGUGGAGUGCCCUCGUGCAGCAGGACAUGCUCAACCUUCUCAGCAUCUGGGUUCGGCACGGGAACACUCCGGAUGUGUCAGACGCUCUCAUGAACGACCCGGUCAACAUCGACACCAUCAACCUGGAUUGCUGGCUCGGGGUGGUGCCCCAGCUGAUCGCCUGCAUGAACCACAAGGACAAGGUCUGCCGGGAGGCGCUGCACAAGCUGCUCAUGCGCCUUGGCGAGAAACACCCCCAGGCAUUGGUGAACCCCCUCUCUGUUGCCCUCAAGAGUCCCAAGGAGGACAGGAAGUCGGCGGCGGAGAAGCUCAUGCAGCACAUGGUGCUCAACAGCAACUUCCUCGUCAAGGAGGCAUUGCUGGUGAGCACGGAGCUCAUCCGCGUGGCAAUCCUCUGGCACGAGCAGUGGCAUGAGGGCUUGGAGGAGGCGUCGAGACUGUACCACGGCGACCGCAACAUCCCUGCCAUGCUCAAAUUCAUGGAGCCACUUCACAAGGAGCUCGAGAAGGGUGCAUCCACUGCUAAGGAGGACAGCUUCCAGAAGGCGUACGGCAAGGAGCUCUCUCAAGCCUGGACCUCCAUAAAGAAGUAUCAGGCCAUCAUGGAGGAAGCACGAAAGGCGGGCUACAACCCCACGGAGAACGAGAGCCACCACCAGCCGGGACACAACCCCGAGGGCGCGAGGUUGCACGGCGGGGCGCUGAACCACCUUAAUGAGGCGUGGAUCCUGUACUACGAUGUCUUCAGGAAGAUCAACAAGCAUCUGCCUCAGAUGUCGGUGCUGCAGCUUGAGCUGGUGAGCCCGUUGUUGCUCAAGUCGCGCGACCUGUCUCUGGCGGUGCCUGGCACGUACCGCGUAGACAACAGCUGCGUCAGGAUCCACAAGUUCCUCCCGGACGUUCAGGUAAUCCCGUCCAAGCAGAGGCCCCGCAAGAUCACGAUGCAGGGGGAGGACGGGCGCGACUACGUCUUCCUUCUCAAGGGACACGAGGACCUCCGUCAAGACGAGCGGGUCAUGCAGCUUUUCGGACAGGUCAACGCGCUGCUGGCCAAGGACCGGCGAAACUACAGCCACGACUUGUCCAUCCAGCGGUACGCCGUUUCUCCCUUGAGUCACAACGCUGGGGUGGUCGGGUGGGUCCCGAACACUGACACCCUGCACCAGCUCAUCAGAAACUACAGGGACAGCCGAAAGAUCGUUCUGAACAUCGAGCAUCGACUCAUGACCCAAGCGACGAUACCGUGCGAGUAUGACCCCUUGACCCUGAUGCAAAAGGUGGAGGUGUUCGAGAUGUCCCUACAGCACACAGCGGGUCAGGAUCUCUACAAGGUAUUGUGGCUUAAGUCUCCGCACAGCGAAGCGUGGCUAGAGCGGCGGACGUGCUACACGCGCUCUCUGGCGGUCAUGAGCAUGGUCGGUUACAUCCUGGGGUUGGGAGACCGCCACCCGUCUAACCUGAUGCUCGACCGCUUCACCGGCAAGAUCCUCCACAUCGACUUCGGAGACUGCUUCGAGGUGGCGAUGAACAGGGGAAAGUUUCCCGAGAAGAUUCCCUUCCGCCUGACGCGUAUGCUGGUGAACGCCAUGGAGGUGAGCGGCAUCGAGGGCAACUUCCGAACCACAUGCGAGCUGGUUAUGGAGGUGCUCCGCGAGUCGCGCGAGAGCCUGGUAGCCAUGCUCGAAGCCUUCGUGCAUGACCCGCUCAUCUCGUGGCGUCUGCUGGAAGGGAAGCAAGACGGGGCCGACGCCACCGGUAGCAGCCACCGCUCCACUAGCACUGCCGGGGGUGCUCCCUCCGAAGCUCCCGCUCCCACCGACCCUGUCUCUGCGGCCGUGCCACCCGACAGCGCACAGCGACAGCAGCAACAGCAACAACAGCAGCCCUUGAACGCGUUGCCGCAGCAAGCGUACGCAAUGCCACCCCCGCAAACCACAGCCGUUCCGCAGCAGCCACCGCCGACGCCACGCAUCGGGCCGAUGAAUCCAGGCGCCGCAGCAAAGUGGCAGCAGGAGACCGCGGGGCCAGACGGUGCUGCCUCGAGCAACCCGCCGCCCCACCCGAGCGGCAACGCUGUGGGGAACCCUUCUGCAUCAGUGCGGGUCCCUCUCACCCCGCCCGCCGCCGGGGGGGGGGCGUUCGACGACUGGAGGACGGCCGCCGCUCCGCCGCCGCGGCAGGUUGCCGCUGCCGCUGCGGGUGGUGGUGCCGGCGUGGAGGCCAGCGGCAACGAGAGCGGCGGCGGCGGCGGGAGCCACACCGCGGCCAGCGGACGAGUCUACCAAGACCACUGCGGCCAAGGGUACCACGAGCAGCAGCACGCACCACCGGCGGUUAACCAAUACGCCGGCAGGGUCGGAGUGAGCGGACUGAUGCCACCGCCGCCACCGCCCCCGCCACCCCUACCACUCUCCGCCAGAGCAGUAUCCCACAGGGUGGGCCCCUCCUCUCUAUCGGGCCGCCCCCUUACCCUUCAGCCGGUGCACGAGCUCCGGGCAAGGUACGGGCGCGGCGGGGCCGAAUCCGACACCGAGGUCGGGAGCGACUUGGGCACCGAGGACAACGACGAGACGCCUAGGUCGCCGCAGUCUCCCACUGGCAGCAGAGCGGGCGACUCCGGCGGCGGCGGACGCUCCACCGAAUCCGGUCGAGAUCAAGCCGUCGGGAAACAAGACCCGGGCGGUGAAUGGCCGGGGCAACGCCAGGCCGGCUACGCGAUGGCGGGCGGCGGCGGCGGCGGCGGCGGCGGUUCCGAGAGUGUCGCUGAAGGCGGCGCGAGAGAAGGGUUGCCGCCAGGCGGACGGCCGGAGGAGCUCCGCAGCGUCCCGCCGACGCUGUCCGGGCCCGUCGUCGUCGCCCCGGCGAUCGGUGCCGCUGGCGUGGGAGGCGGGCGGCGUGUGUUCUCCGGGAUCAUCGAGCCGCCCUCGCCUCGCAAGACCGGCGACGGCAUCGACCACGACCACGGGUUCGGUACGUCCUCUCCGCACCAACAAGACGACACGAACCUCCCGGUCCUGGACACGAGCAACGAGGGCGGUGUAGAUGAGGCGGCCGCCGCGAGCGGCGGGGCCUGGGGAACAGCGGGGGUACCGCCGGACCACGGGCCCCCCGUGGGUCGCGAAGAGGAAGGUGGAGGUAAGGAUGUUGCGGGGCCCCUCGGUGGCUUGAGAUCACCGCCCGCGGACGGAACUAAGCGCGGCGAGGCUGUCGAUGGCGGCAACGGUAACACGAAGGCUUUGCCCGAAGGCCGUUCGAGCUCGUCGGUGGCUAUUCAGGGAGACGGACCGGCGGCAGGGACCGGGGACGCGCCAGACGGUACCGAGGAAGACCAGCCCGCGGAGAUGGACGAAGACGAGGAGGAUGAGAUGGUGGCCGAAGCUGCCGCUGCCGCCGCUGCUGCUGCGGCCGCAGCCCGACCUCCUCAUCGGCCUGGAAGCCUGCUGGAGCAGAGCUCGAGCUUCCGGCCUCACAUGCACGUCAGGAUGCAGGCACUCUCGGCCCGGAGACACGGAUUGUCCUUGUCCUCAAGGGCGGGCCUUACGGUUGGUCCCGCCGGCGGCGGGGUAGGCGGCCUCCCCGUGGAGAUGGCUUCCAUCGCACGCUCCAUCGCAGCUUCCAGGUUUUCGCGGAGCACACGGGAGCGGGACCUGCAGCAGGAGCUAGGGCCGGAGGGGACCUCCGCUCCCCAAGAGGCGCUUAACGAGAAGGCGGUUAAGGUCAUCAGGAGGGUGCAAGCAAAGCUAUCUGGUUUGGAGUUCGGGGAUGGCGACGAGCCACCCUACGCCGUGAAGGCUCAAGUCGACUUGCUCAUCAAACAGGCGACAUCCAAUGAAAGGCUCUGCCAGUGCUUCAUUGGAUGGUGUCCUUUCUGGUGACCUUGGACCGCUUGCGAACCGUCAUUGUGAUCUUUAAGUGAAUAGUCGGGCCAGUAAUAAGCGAUCGGGAUAAUCGAUCACCGUUGUCGUGUCCCAGUGAUUCUUCCCACGCAAGGGGAUGGGCGGGGGGGGCAGUCUGUCGGAGGAAUGGACGUGACUUGCCCCGUUGUAUGAAAAUGUUUGAGGGUUGACAACGGCGUGAAUCGGCCGUUGUUAUCCGUUGUGGUGGUAGUAGUAGUAAAAAUAUGAUUCCGCGGGACCCUAGGUCACACCGGUGAUGCACGCGCUUCACACGCAGUAGAUGGCCGAGAUGGUGUGUGGACUGCUGGAGAGUGGCGCAUUUUUUGGUUCCCAGCGCGAAGUCUUUCAAUCAUACUUCGGGCUGUUCGACAACAAACUCUCCCUCGGAUAGCGGCAUUCGGGCUGUAAUGCCUCAGCCGAGCCGCCGAUAGCGGUUGGCUCGUGGUGCUGCCCCCGGGCAUCGUUAGUAUGGCAUCGAUUUUCACGCACGUGAGAUGUAUUUUGUGGCUUUUCUUGGGCGCAGAUAGGGGAGAGGGUCGGUGGAGAUAUAGGCUGCAGCGGGUAAUCAAUCCCGUGGAUCUGGCGGUUCCCGUUGGUCCGGGCUGUGCGUUAUGAGAUACCAUUGUGUGGCAUUGUUGUGAUCAAGCAGUAUGGUGCGGGGUUAUGAUGACCUAGCUGCCUGUUGGCCACCGGCCACGAGAGGACACUCAGUAGUUGUUCGAUUUCUCUUCGGAUGAUAUUUUUUCGUAUUCCGCAGUUCGCCGAAAGACACGUGGUGUGAUAUUCUUUCGUGCAGCAGCGCCAGCAUUACAUGUUAUGUCCCGUCGUGUCGUGCAGCGACCGAGUGGCGAGGUGUUGAGAAGGCGCUGUUUGGUCAUGUUGGAGUUGGAUCUGGCGACGUGUACCUCCGCUAGGAUAGAGAGGUUCAAUGAGUGAUGAGUUAAGCCCUGAUUGUGGUCGUGUUGUUGGAUUUGUCAUGUCCUUCCCCCCUGUCUUGGAAUGUUGUGACUAAGGUGACGGUCUCGCAUGGUUACAGUUGAUACGAGAUGCGCCAUGCGUCAUGCGACGCCGCAGCCAACCGGAAGUCGAAUCUUGUGAGAAUUUAUUUUGCUCCCCGGCGAUACGCCAUGUCUUUGAAGUGAUCAUGAUAGAAGUAGUGUAAUUGGUAAGUGUUGAUCAAAAGUGUGCUAUAGUCGAGGGGUUGUUUUGUUUUGUUCAAUUUUCUUGUUGUUGAGUUGAGUUGUUUCUUGGUGAUUCGCGCCUUUGCGGCGGCUGAUGGUCUCCUGCGCCUUUUCGCAGACUGCCGUUUUGCACCUGAGUUUUCGUUGAAGCUGCUGCACGAUUUUCGGUCAAUCUCCUCCAGAGGAACGUGAGACAUCGCGUGAAUGGUAUGUUAAGUAUACCACGAACACGUGCAGCUCGUCCACUGCUGCACCGUAUGAAUUGGACAGCGCUUUCCAGCGCUUCAACGUAAAUUCAUCCCCAUGCGCGUGAGGGGUGGGUUGGGGGCCUCAGGGAGAGGAACCCGUCUGUGUGACCACGGGUU